AUGGCCGACUAUCUAGCACCACCCGCGUUCCUGACGGACAAUACCGUCGCCGCUGCCCUCAAAGAUGCAUACAUCUCAUUCUCCGACCGCAGGGCGGCCCUCGGCCUACCUAACCCGGGAACGGUGGAAAAUGUUGGCAGGGAGGUGCAGAAGGACGUACUGCUCUCUAACUUUAUGUUCUCCGGUCUCCGUGCGGACUUGACGAAGAUGUUCAGCAUGGCUCCCCUGUUCCGUGUGUCGCAUGCUUUCUCAAUGGGCGGCUCAGGAAACAUGGCCCCGUACGCAUUCUCCGCCAUGUACGGAUCCCAAAAUGUUUUCAUGCAGGGUAAUUUCGGAAGCGACGGUGGCCUCGCCGCUCUCUACAACUACAGGUGGACUCCCAAGCUGGUCACGAAGACCAACGUUCAGAUCAUGCCUGGAGCUGAGCAAGGCCUCAUUCAGCUUGACAAUGACUACACUGGCGAUGACUUCUCGCUCUCCCUCAAGGCUUUCAACCCAUCGUGCUUAGAUGGUGGUCUUACCGGUAUCUUUGUUGGAAGCUACCUACAGUCUAUUACCCCCAAGUUGGCUCUCGGUUUCGAAACGAUCUGGCAACGACAGGGUCUGAACACUCGCCCGGAAUCCGCCGUCUCCUACUCUGCCCGGUACAAGAGCGAUGAUUGGAUUGCCAGCGCCCAGCUACAGGCCCAGGGCGUCUUGAGUGCCUCUUACUGGAAGAAGAUUUCCGAGCGGGUUGAGGCAGGUGUUGAUAUGAACCUCCAGUUCGCCCCUAACGCGGCAGCAAUGAUGAUGGGUGGACCUAGCAAGGACGGCACCACUGCUAUCGGCGCCAAGUACGACUUCCGGGCUUCAACCUUCCGUGCACAGGUCGACAGCGCCGGUAAGGUCAGCUGUCUCCUUGAGAAGCGGAUAGCGAUGCCCAUUGCUCUCACAUUCGCUGGCGAAAUUGACCAGGCCAAGGUAAGUUAA